AUGCAGUGUGUUACCCAACCUGGCCCCCAGUGGGUUACCCAGCCUUGGCCCCGGUGUGUCACCCAGCCUGGGUCCUGGUGUGUAACACAGCCUGGGCCCCAGUGUGUUACCCUGCCUGUGAUCCGACAUGUUACCCAGCCUGGGCCCGAGUGUGUCACCCAGCCUGGGUCCUGGUGUGUAACACAGCCUGGGCCCCAGUGUGUUACCCUGCCUGUGAUCCGACAUGUUACCCAGCCUGGGCCCGAGUGUGUCACCCAGCCUGGGUCCUGUUUUAUAACCCAGUCUGGGCCUCAGUGUGUCACCCAGCCUGGGCCCCGGUGUGUUACCCAGCCUGGGCCUCAGUGUGUUAACCAGCCUGGGACCCAGUGUGUUACCCAGCCUGGGCCCCAGUGUGUUACCCAGCCUGGGCCUCAGUGUGUUAACCAGCCUGGGCCUCAGUGUGUUAACCAGCCUGGGACCCAGUGUGUUACCCAGCCUGGGACCGGUGUGUUAACCAGCCUGGGCCUUGGUGUGUCACCCAGCCUGGGCCUUGGUGUGUCACCCAGCCUGGGCCUUGGUGUGUUACCCAGCCUGGGCCUCAGUGUGUUACCCAGCCUGGGCCCCAGUCUGUUACCCAACCUGGCCCCCAGUGUGUCACCCAGCCCAGGCCCCAUUGUGUUACCCAGCCUGCGCCCGGUGUGUUACCCAGCCUAA